AUGGAGUAUCUACAACAACAGCAGCAACAGCAACAACAAUUUAAAUGUCAAUGGCAAAACUGUGCAAAGCUCUUUACAGAUCCCGAGCAGCUUUACAACCAUUUAACUAAUGACCAUGUGGGUAGAAAAUCAACUGGCAAUUUAUGCUUAACCUGCCACUGGGCAGAUUGCCAGGUAUCUGUAGUCAAAAGAGAUCAUAUCACAAGCCAUCUUAGAGUUCAUGUGCCGUUGAAGCCUCACCAUUGUAGUUUCUGUGAUAAGUCUUUCAAACGUCCUCAGGACCUGAAAAAGCAUGUAAGAAUUCAU